GUCCACGCGUCCGAAAGUAGGUUAGCACGGUAGAGUGAGGAGAGUAGAGGAAGAACGCGAAUCAUACCGCACUAUAACACACACCGAGAGCGACUUUCAGCUUCUCAGAGCGACAGAUACAGAUUUAAAGACGCAAACUUGCUUCGAAGAUCUUUUUCCAUUAUUUCUCUUCAUAAUAAUGGUCACAAUCAGAGCUGGAAAGUUCUUUUCGGGUCCCACCUAAGCUUUUUAGUCCAUCCAAAUAUUAUUACGCACCCUGUAGACUUUCAACAAAUCGCGAUCAAAAUGAGAGCUCAAAUUGAGGUUAUACCUUGUAAAAUCUGCGGCGACAAAUCCUCUGGAAUUCAUUAUGGAGUUAUCACAUGCGAAGGCUGCAAGGGUUUUUUCCGACGCAGCCAGCAAAACAAUGCCAUGUACUCAUGCUCACGACAGAGAAACUGUAUGAUCGAUCGAACAAAUCGAAACCGCUGCCAACACUGUCGCCUGCAGAAGUGCCUGGCACUCGGGAUGAGCCGUGAUGCGGUAAAGUUUGGACGCAUGUCAAAGAAACAGCGAGACAGUCUGUAUGCAGAGGUCAAGCGGCAUCAGCAGCUGUCUCAGGACUGUCUGACGGGUUUGGGUGGUGGUCUGCCAUCUCAUGACAGCAAGGACAUGGGCGAAGACAGCGUGCACAGCCGGCUGUACAGCAGCGGGGGGUCCAGCGCCACCCUCAGCGACCUGGACGACAUCGCCGCACUGCCCGACGGCCUGCUGUUCGACCUUCCAUUGACCCCGGAGGAGACAAGAGAGUACUGCGACCUGGACAUACUCGAAGGCGACGGGGGCAGUUACAGGAGCGCAGGAAGUGGAGACUCGUCCAAUCAGAGCUCACCAGAGUCUAGCACUGUAGAUUUCACAGAAGCGGGGCGGGUGAAGCAUGAGUAUUUACUGCCCGAAAACAGUCUCCUAAUGCAGUCUUUACUGGGUUGCCUACAAGACAACUGCUCUCUAAAUUAUAUAGAGCGGAUCACUCAAAAUGUCGUGAAGUCUCACCUGGAGACAUGUCAGUACAGCACAGAAGAGUUAAAGAAACUCACCUGUAACGUCUACACACCUGAAGAAACUCGCAGCUUUCAGCUCAAGUCUGCAGAAUGGAUGUGGCAACAGUGUGCCCUGCACCUCACAAAUGCCAUCCAGUACAUUGUGGAGUUUGCCAAGCGUGUCUCUGGGUUCAUGGACCUCUGUCAGAAUGACCAGAUUAUCUUGCUCAAAGCAGGAUGUUUGGAAGUUCUGCUGAUCCGAAUGUGUCGGGCUUACAACUCUUCCAAUAACACUAUGUAUUUCGACAGAAAGUUUGCCAGCCCGCAGCUCUUCAAAGCUCUCGGUUGUGAUGAUCUGGUAAACGCAGUCUUCGAACUGGCAAAAAGCAUGACUCGUCUGCAGCUGAGUGAGGAGGAAAUGGCUUUAUUCAGCGCAGCGGUUCUGCUGGCACCAGAUCGUCCAUGGUUGACAGAGUCUCAGCAGGUUCAGAAACUCCAGGAGAAGGUUUACAUGGCCUUGCAGCACUGCUUGCACAUGAAUGGAGCCACCACAGAAAAACUGGACAAGAUGGUGUCUAAACUACCACGUAUGAAGUCCAUCUGUAACCUGCACAUUGACAAGUUGCAGUUCUUCCGUCUGGUUCACCCGGAAACAGCCUACAGCUUCCCGCCUCUGUACAGGGAAGUGUUCGGCAGCGAGAUCAACUUUCCUGACUCCACCAACAGUUAAAUAGAGAGAGAGGGAGAAAGAGAGUGAUGGGCAAAUUAGAAAAGAGUGCACAACGAAAACAGUGGAGAAAAAUACAUCCUGUCAUUUAAAAGCAGCAUUGAAAACGAAGGCGUUUUAAAACCUUAUGCAGUCCAGGGAGAAUGCAACACUGUAUUACAUCUGAACCACACACACAUCCGGUAACAAACUCUCAUAAACAUGAUAAAACACACACAUAACACGCACAAACACAACCUGCCACAGGGGCCAACAAAGUGUUUUAGAUAACGCUAACAUGCUCUCCAGUACACGAAUAACCGUUUAAAAACCAUGCAGACAUUCAGAUUAUUCCUGGGAUUGUGCUAGAUCUAAUCUAGCUGUUGUUUCAUGAAAACACUGCUGAAUUUUCAUGAAAUCUUACAUGUUGACACAGGAUUUUUGUAUACAGUGAUUUCUAAAGGAUCAAACUCUCUUCCACAUAAUAGACCAUGAACCUUCAGGAGAGCACAACACCCUUUUAAUGAAGUAUACAAUAUUAGGGCGAUAGUCAAUCGUCCUUCAUCACCGAAUCACUCUUUCAGUGUCGAUAUCACUCUUUAUUCUUGUCUCCCAUUGUUUUUUACCCUCUGGCGAAUUAUGAAUGUAUCCCAGGGAACUAUAGCACUUGUUUUGAUUUGAGACCGAAUGUAGAUGUUGCACUUUUUGCUUUACAAAGCUUUGACAAUCUGCUCAAAAAGAAAAGAAAAAACAAAUGUGCCCAGGUAUUCAGUAAAUAUGAAGGGACCAUUUGACCAAAUACCACUUUACCAGUGCUGCUUUAAAGGAUUAUUCAGUGUUAUAUACAAGUUAUUUUUCUAGUUUGAACAUAAAAAAUGCACAGACACUUAAAUGCACUUAAAGCUGCAAUCUGUAACUUUUGUCUCUAUAUCGUCAUCAACAUAAAAUUGCAUGUUAUUGUACAUAGUUAUUUUUAUGUGUGUUGAAAUUAAAUCAGAAUCAGAAUCAGAAUCAGAAUCAGAAGAGCUUUAUUGCCAAGUGUGCUUGCACACACAAGGAAUUUUCUUUGGUGUUGGAAGCUUCUAGUACAGACAUACAACACAAUGACAAUACAAUAUAAUACGAUUUACAGUCUAAAAGAUUCUAAAUUGUGCAUAUAUAAAAUAAAGACUAUUUUACAGAAAAUGGGGGAUAAUAACAUAUAAGAGACAUUGUACCGGGUAGUAUAUAGU